AGGAGUGGGAGUCGCUGGCCGGGAAGGGCUGAGGCUCCGGUAACCCCGGCAGGGCGGGGGGAGAGGGAGGGGCGGGGCAGGAGCCCCCUGGAGUGCGGGGUCGUGGUGCGGACCCGGAGCGAGAGCCCUGGACACGCUCAGCACCGCUUCCUCUGCCAGCAGGCCCCGCCCGGCCCGGCGAUGGAGUUUCCGGACCUCGGGGCUCACUGUUCCGAGCCGAGCUGUCAGCGCUUGGAUUUUCUGCCGCUCAAGUGCGACGCCUGCUCCGGCAUCUUCUGCGCAGACCAUGUGGCGUACGCCCAGCAUCACUGUGGAUCUGCUUACCAGAAGGAUAUCCAGGUACCUGUGUGCCCACUCUGUAAUGUGCCUGUGCCUGUGGCCAGAGGGGAGCCCCCUGACCGCGCUGUGGGGGAGCACAUCGACCGAGACUGUCGCUCAGAUCCAGCACAGCAAAAACGUAAGAUCUUCACCAAUAAGUGUGAACGCUCUGGCUGCCGCCAGCGGGAAAUGAUGAAACUGACCUGUGAGCGCUGUGGCGGAAACUUCUGCAUCAAGCACCGUCACCCACUGGACCAUGAUUGCUCUGGGGAGAGUCACCCAACCAGCCGGCCAGGACUUGCCGCCAUCUCCAGAGCGCAAGGUCUGGGUUCUUCUACAAGCACCAUCCCCAGCCCAAGUCGGACGGUGUCUUCAUCUACCUCUCCCAGCAGAGCAACAACCCAGUCUCCAUCCAGGUCAGCCCCUCCAGUGACUGCUCUGCAGAAUGGCUUGAGUGAGGAUGAGGCUCUGCAAAGAGCCCUGGAACUGUCCCUGGCAGAGACCAAACCCCAGGUCCCAAGGUAUUACUGUCAUCCAACUUGCGCUAUUCCUCCCUCCCAGUUCUCAGGAGGAAGAAGACUUAGCUUUAGCACAAGCACUGUCAGCCAGUGAGGCAGAAUACCGACGGCAGCAGGCCCAGAGCCGCAGCUUGAAGCCGUCCAACUGCAGCCUGUGCUAGGGCCCUGGGCUUGGGGAGGGAAGCUCAGCUGAGGAGGACUGUGGCCCCCACACCUCUAGGGUACACAGGGAGAGGAGGCUGGGAGCAGCCAGGAGUGAAGACAAGGAGGCCAUCUCCAGGGAGCAUCAGGAGGAGCACCUUGUGGAGCCAAGCCUAUAGAAGGCCCUGGAAGAGAGCAGCUAGAACUGUCUGGUGGGUGGGCCCUUGGCGAAUGCUGGCCAGGCCCCGGACAGCCCCCUGCAUCAUGUCAUCCCCUUUACACUGAGGCUGCCCCCAUCUGUAGGGGGCAAGGAGGGGCCUGGAAGGAAUAAAGGAUCUUGGCAGUCA